AUGAGUGCGAUUCUCUCGGCAGACGACCUGAACGACUUUAUUAGUCCAGGUGUCGCCUGCAUCAAGCCCAUCGAGACCCUCCCCGCCGCACCGCAGGCGCAACAAGAUGCCUCUCUCGAGCACGAAGUAAUCCUCGACGGCCAACCGGGUUCGGCAGCAGCUGCUACGGCCCCGGCCGAGAUAUCACUUACCGACUGCCUUGCCUGCUCAGGCUGUGUCACCUCUGCUGAGGCCGUCCUGGUGAGCAUGCAGUCACACACGGAGGUCCUCAACACACUUGAUUUCGGCUCGUCGCUGCGUAUUGUUGGCCCCGAUGAGAACGGACAAUUCCAUGUCGACGGUCUCGAGGACGAAAACCGCAAGUUGUUCGUGGCGAGCGUGUCGCCUCAGACGAGGGCUAGUCUGGCCGCCGCUGCGGGCAACGGUACCACCGAGAAGGAGGCAGGAUACAUGCUUGAAAGACUACUCAGCGGACCGGACGGGCUUGCUAGCGGAGGCAAGUGGCAUAAUGGCUUCACGUGGGUUGUAGACACAAACGUUGCGCGUGAGGCGUGUCUGGUCCUGGGUGCAGAUGAGGUGCUUGGUGCUGAGGAUGCGCCAGCGUCUUCGGCGACGAAGCCAAUUCUCACAUCCUCGUGUCCGGGAUGGGUGUGUUAUGCCGAGAAGACGCAUCCUUACGUCCUCCCGCACUUGUCACGAGUGAAAUCACCUCAAGCGUUGAUGGGCACGUUGCUAAAGACGACACUAAGUAAGAAGCUCGAAAUACCACCCAGUAGGAUUUGGCACUUGGCCGUCAUGCCAUGCUUCGACAAGAAGCUGGAGGCAAGUCGCGAGGAGCUCACAGAUGCGGUAUGGGCAGGAAACGGGACGCCGGGCCGUGGGGUCCGCGAUGUCGACUGUGUCAUCACAAGCAAAGAGGUUCUCAUGCUCGCGGAAUCAAGAGGCUUCAAUUUCUUUGACCUCCCCCGAGGUAACCCCAACCUCCAGCGCGCAUCUUUCCCUGACGCGCGCCUGGAGAAGUUCCUCUUUCCUCAACGCGCGGCCCACCGCUCGUCUCCGGUGGCGGGCUCGUCGGGCGGUAACCUCUACUUUACUCUUCAAACGGUUGCCUCCAAACACCCCAACUCACAAAUCCAAGUCAUUCGAGGACGUAACGCCGACGUUGUCGAGUACGUUGUUGCAUCUUCGACGGGAGACCCGAUAUUCAAAGCCGCUAGAUACUACGGCUUCCGUAACAUUCAAAACUUGGUACGCAAACUGAAGCCCGCGCGGCCAUCUCGCAUGCCUGGCGGUAAAGUAUUUGGCGCCGCAAGGAGGCCCACGGGCAAGCCUGCUGGACUUGAGUAUGCAUAUGUCGAGGUGAUGGCUUGCCCCGGCGGCUGCACAAAUGGCGGUGGCCAGAUCAAGGUCGACGACCCUAUCAUCGUUGAGCGCAAGGGGCUCACAACCAAACCUGGCCCGCUCGAGCAAAAGGACUUUCUUGCCGAGGUUGACGAGGCAUACUUUUCAGCUGAGGACUCUGAAGGGGAUGACGUUGUCUCUCAGAACGGUGAGUGUCGAGGAGACGUUGUUGAUGGGAUUUCGCCUUCUUACAUUCGAGAUACCCUGGCGCACUGGGCGGGCGUAACUGGCAUAGAAUUGGGCAGAUUGGCGCUCACCACGUAUCGCGAAGUUAUUAGCGAUGUGGGCAAGGACAAGACGAGCGAGACAGAGCGCGUCGUCCAGCUGGCGGGAAAGAUUGGCGGGGGCUGGUAG